AUCGGCCGCGUCCGGCGUCCCGUCCAAAAAGGGAAAGCGAUGCGCGUGGCGUGGCGGCACUUCCUCCUCCGCCUGCCUCGCCCGCCAUGGCCGCGCGCGCCAAGGCCGCCGCCGUCGACGACCACGACCCCAUGCCGCCACCGCUGCCGCUCCCAUGGCCGCGCCCAGCGCCGCUCCUCGUCAUGCUGUCCCUGCUCGCCACGGCCUCCUACCUGGCCCUCACGCGCUUUCCCGCCGCGCUCCUCCCGAUCGCCCCUCGCUCUCGCCCCCACGACGCGCCCGCGCACGCGCCCGGGGACAGCUGCGCGGGGUUCUACGCGGGCGCGGGGCCGGCGCGCGAGGUGUGGGCGUCCGUCGAGGAGUUCGGGGCCGUGGGCGACGGGGCCACGCUCAACACCGCGGCGUUCCGGCGCGCCGUCGCGGAGCUGGGCGCGAGGGCCGUCGGUGGGGGAGGGGCCAGGCUCGACGUGCCCCCCGGGAGGUGGCUCACGGGCAGCUUCAACCUCACCAGCCGCUUCACCCUCUUCCUGCACCGCGGCGCGGUCAUCCUCGGCUCCCAGGAUCCAGAAGAGUGGCCUCUCAUUACCCCUUUGCCGUCUUACGGGCGCGGGAGAGAGCGGUUAGGACCACGCCACAUCAGCCUCAUUCACGGAGAGGGCUUAAACGAUGUUGUUAUUACCGGUAGCAACGGGACCAUAGAUGGGCAAGGUCAUAUGUGGUGGGAGCUAUGGCGGAACCGAACCUUGAACCACACGAGAGGCCAUCUCAUCGAGCUUGUGAACUCAACCAACGUCCUGAUAUCCAGUGUCACGCUGAGCAACUCCCCUUUCUGGACAGUACACCCGGUCUACUGCAGCAACGUGGUGAUGAAGGAUUUGACCAUACUGGCUCCCCUGGAUGCUCCAAACACAGAUGGCAUUGAUCCAGACUCGAGCUCUGAAGUUUGCAUCGAAGACUGCUACAUCGAAAGCGGAGACGACCUCGUGGCCGUCAAGAGUGGCUGGGACCAGUACGGGAUCUCAUUUGGCAAGCCGAGCACGAACAUCGUCAUCCAGAGGGUUUCGGGCACGACUCCGACGUGCUCGGGCGUAGGCUUCGGCAGCGAGAUGUCAGGAGGCAUAUCUAACGUGCUCGUCCGUGACCUCCACGUGUGGAAUUCGGCGCAGGCCGUGAGGCUCAAGACCGACGUAGGGAGGGGUGGCUACAUCACCAACAUCACCAUAGCCAGUGUGGCCAUGGAGAAGGUCAAGGUGCCGAUAAGGUUCAGCCGAGGCGCAGAUGACCAUCCUGACGACAGGUAUGACCCGGCCGCGCUGCCGAGGAUCAGCAACGUGCUGGUCAGCGACGUCGUCGGUGUACACCUGCAGCGAGCACCGAUGCUGGAGGCAGUGCCUGGCGCAGUUUAUGAGGGGAUCUGCUUCAGGAACUUCAGCUUCAGAGGGAUAAGGCGGCAGCAGGACAGCAGGUGGCAUUGCGAGUCUGUGUAUGGAGAGGCGCAUGACGUUUUCCCUGCACCGUGUGAAGAGUUCAGGAGAGAUGGAUCCUCCUCCUGGUGUGGACUUCUUUGACCAACUACUCUAUCUAGUAGUAGUACAUACUACAGCGCCCACAAGUUUUGGGAGUGGAUGAUAUAGGUUUUUUAGAUUAUACAGACAAACUCAAUUUUUUAAACU